AUGGCUGGCUUUGGAAUUGUGGCUGCUUGGGCUACUAUUGUGGCUCUGGUCGCGUCUAAUGGUGCUCAUGGCUGGGAUUAUGCUCAUGCAACAUUUUAUGGUGAUAUUGGAGGCGGUGAAACCAUGAUGGGAGCUUGUGGUUAUGGAAAUCUAUUCGAUCAAGGUUAUGGUCUUGAGACAACAGCAUUAAGCACUGCCCUUUUCAACAAUGGGGCUACAUGUGGUGCUUGCUUUCAAAUAAGAUGCAUAGACUCACCAUGGUGCAAAAAAGGUGCAGGUAUAAUUCGAGUAACAGCCACCAAUUUUUGUCCUCCUGACUAUUCCAAAACCGAAGACAUUUGGUGCAACCCACCACAGAAACAUUUCGACCUCUCCAUGUCAAUGUUCCUAAAGAUUGCAGAAUACAGAGGUGGAAUUGUUCCUGUUAUGUAUCGGAGAGUCAUGUGUUACAAGAAAGGCGGGAUUAAGUUUGAGUUAAAGGGAAAUCCAUAUUGGUUGCUGGUGUUAGUGUACAAUGUUGGGGGUGUUGGCGAAGUUAGUAAUGUGAAAAUUAAGGGUUCCAAUACUGGUUGGAUACAAAUGUCACGUAACUGGGGCCAAAAUUGGCAAACUGGGGUUCGUUUAGAUGGCCAAAGCUUGUCUUUCCAAGUGACUGGUAGUGAGGGUAGAAUAGUGCAAUCUGAUAAUGUUGCACCCUCAAAUUGGCAAUUCAAUAGGGUAUAUGAGGGCAAGAAUUUUUAG